AUGCUGCGAAACUACCGUACAACGCCUCAUCAAUCCACCGGAGAAACCCCAGCGAUGAUGUUGAUGCAUCGGGAACUUCGUACCAAACUACCAAGUGUAAAAUCAAAUAAAUCGUAUGACGAUACGAGAGCUCAACAAGUGGACGCCAAAGCAAAGCAACAAGCGAAAGAAUACGCCGACGGAAAACGGCGAGCUCGGGAAAAAGAUUUAAAAAUUGGAGACAAGGUAUUGCUACGUCAGCCGCAUACGAACAAAUAUUCAACACAAUUUUCCAGCGUUUCCUUUACCAUCAUAAAGAUUAACGGUUCGCAGUUAGAACUUCAAGAUCAAUACGGACAAAAAUACAAGCGUAACUCAGCACAUGCAAAGAAAUACCAUGAGCCGGCUGAAAGAAAAGACGAAGAAGAUGAUACGGAACACCCCGCGAAUGAACAGGUCCCACAACAAGUCCCUCAACCAGAAGAAGAAACCCCACCACAACCAGAACAAGUAACCCAACCACUCCCUCAUUCUCAACAACCCCUAUCCGUCCACUCACCACCCAGGAAAAGAUCAGCAAGAAAAACAAAACCACCUGAACGAUUUGGAUAUUAG